UAGAGUCCGACUCGGAUACUUCCUCGCAUAUCCUCUCCCACGAGUCUCAUCACUCCUCAAUCUCACAUUUAUAUUUUAUCCUCUCCAAAAAGUACAGCGUUUCCACCGAAUAUUCCCAGGAAAAUUCCCACCCUCCAAACAAUCCCUUCUCGAAACCACGGCCUCUCUCCAUUUUUUUGUUUAUAAAAGCUUCUAACUUGAUCAGAAAGCUGUCAGAUCCCUCUUCUAAUGAAGUUUACAAAGUAAAGCAAAAGAAAGAGUAUUCGGCAAACAGUUUUGGGCUUUACUUUCUGUUUCGGAAUGGCGGUAUUUGUCAGGACAAAGCGAGUAACUGAGCCGCUCGACGACAAGGCCAGGGCUCGACUCGUUGGAAUGGAUCAGCCCCAACCUAGUUACGUCAGCAGCGGAAGUGAACACUCGGCCGACGACUCAGCCUGCCUCUCCGAACUCGUCCAUGGUUUCCUCGAGAACGAUUCCGAAGCCGAUUCGCAUGCCGGUGAUCCCGUCUCUGAACCUGUCGACUCCGUGUCCGAAUGUUCGGAUGACGUAGAAGAUAUUCUCAGAUCGACGGCCGGUACCAAUGCAGUGGACUCGUACAAGAAAUUGCUCGUCGCUCACGUCUCGGAAGCGGUGGAAUUGUUCUCCCGUCUGAGAUCGACCAGAAACAUUUUCCGGCGGAACGUGAUGACGUUUCUGCGAGACCGGGGACACAAUGCCGCGAUCUGCAAGACCAAGUGGGACUCCUCCGGGGGACUCAGUGCGGGUAGCUACGAGUUCAUCGACGUGAUCCAUUCAACCUCCUCCUCAUGGCAGAGCCGAUACUUCGUUGAGCUCGACCUCGCAGCCCAGUUCGACGUCGCGAGGCCAACGGACCAGUACGUGACGCUUCUCCGCUCUCUGCCCAAGGUUCUCGUCUGCCGCGGCGAGGAGCUGAAGAAAUUGGUAAAGAUCAUGUGCGAUGUGGCGAAGAGAUCGUUGAGGAGCAGGGGCCUGUCCGUGCCUCCAUGGAGGAAGAACCGAUACAUGCAGAACAAGUGGUUCGGUCCUUACCGUCGCACCGCCAAUCCUGUUCGUGAAAACACAGCUGCGCCGAUGGCUCUUCCCUCAGUUGGGGGUGUAAAAUGCAGGUUCGUCGGGUUCGACAACGCCGUUUUGGACGUAAACGUCAACGUUAACCACCAGCACCACCAACACCGGCGUGGCUUCUUCGUGUGUACCAGAUGAUAAGCAUGCCAUAAAUAAUUCCCCAGCGAAUAAUAACUUUAAUGAUAUUUGUUUUUUCUUUGUUGCUUUGCCUUUCAA